UUUCGCCAUCUCAACAAGCAAACUCCACGUUCAGAAUGUCUUCAUCUAGCGAACAGGUUCCUGCGCCAUCUGGUUCUCCUCCACGUUCGCCUGAAGACGAUUCAAAGACGAAGGGUAAAUAUCGGUUCGAGGUUGCAGUGCUCGCUUUGGCUACCAUGAUCUCUGCUGUUUGCAUCCUUCAGGCAUUGGCCACUUCUGAGUUCUUCAUCGUUCGACUGGCAGUCCUGCCGAUGGCUUUGUUCUUGGCUUUCUUUGGAUAUGAGGCAAGCAAUCAAAAACAGAAUAAAAGAACAAUUUCCUUAAAAAAUUUUCAGUGGGUCACCUACUUCUCUGAUGCCUUGACUCGUCGCAAGAGGGCCUACUUUGAUGUGAGGAACAUUCUAGAGACAUACCAGCCGCGGAGAAACACCGAUUUGGCUCGUCAAUUUAAACCAGAUCCGCCAACUCCAAGCGUUUCGAACCAGCCGACAAAGGUUACUCGGAUUACUGCUGAUCCCGGCCCGAAUGCUGUUGGUGAAAUUGGAGGCGGGGCGAAGAAGGACUUUGCUGCUUGGAGGCGUGAGGUGAGAAAUAAAAGAAUUUUGUAA